AUGGCUGACGCUCCCCGUGGACGUGGAGGAUUCGGCUCGCGCGGUGACCGUGGUGGUGACCGUGGCCGUGGUCGUGGUCGCCGUGGCCGUCGCGGCGGCGCAAAGGAGCAGGAGAAGGAAUGGCAACCCGUCACCAAGCUCGGCCGUCUCGUCAAGGCCGGCAAGAUCACCAGCAUGGAACAGAUCUACCUGCACUCCCUGCCCGUGAAGGAGUACCAGAUUGUGGACUUCUUCCUCCCCAAGCUGAAGGAUGAGGUUAUGAAGAUCAAACCCGUCCAGAAGCAGACCCGUGCCGGUCAACGUACCCGUUUCAAGGCCGUUGUUGUCAUCGGUGACUCCGAGGGUCACAUUGGUCUCGGCAUCAAGACCUCCAAGGAAGUCGCUACUGCUAUCCGCGCCGCCAUCAUCAUCGCCAAGCUCAGCGUUCUCCCCGUGCGCCGAGGCUACUGGGGUACCAACCUUGGUGAACCUCACUCUUUGCCAGUGAAGCAGAGCGCCAAGUGUGGUUCCGUCUCCGUCAGACUUAUCCCCGCUCCCCGUGGUACCGGCCUCGUUGCCUCUCCCGCCGUCAAGCGUCUGCUCCAGCUUGCCGGUGUCCAGGACGCUUACACCUCCUCGUCCGGUUCUACCAAGACCCUUGAGAAUACCCUCAAGGCCACCUUCGUUGCCGUUGCCAACACUUACGGCUUCCUCACCCCCAACUUGUGGAAGGAGACUAAGCUCAUCCGGAGCCCUCUGGAGGAGUUCGGUGAUGUUCUGCGCCAGGGAAAGAAGUACUAA